AUGGACAGCUCCUCGGUCGCCUGGCCGCUGAACGGCUCCGGCAGCCAGGAGAAGGCAGCCGGAGAGCUGGCCGGCCGGUUCUCCACGAUGUGGACUGUCGCCUUGGCCGUGCUGAUGGCACUGCUGAUCGUGGCCACGGUAGUGGGCAACGCGCUGGUCAUGCUGGCUUUCGUGGUGGACUCCAGCCUGCGGACUCAGAACAACUACUUCCUCCUCAACCUGGCCAUCUCAGAUUUCCUAGUAGGGGCCUUUUGCAUUCCGCUGUAUGUACCCUACGUCCUAACCGGGAAAUGGACCUUUGGGAGAAGCUUUUGCAAGCUCUGGCUGGUGAUGGAUUACCUGCUGUGCACCACUUCAGUCUUCAACAUUGUGCUGAUCAGCUACGACCGAUUCCUCUCUGUGACGAGAGCGGUCUCCUACAGAGCUCAGCAAGGGGACACCAGGCAAGCUGUGUUGAAGAUGACGAUGGUGUGGUUCCUGGCCUUCCUCCUCUAUGGACCCGCCAUUAUCAGCUGGGAAUACAUAUCCGGCGGAAGCAUCAUCCCCGACGGGGAAUGCUACGCGGAGUUUUUCUACAACUGGUAUUUCCUCAUCACGGCCUCCACGAUCGAGUUCUUCACCCCUUUCCUCAGUGUGAUGUUCUUCAACAUGAGCAUCUACCUGAACAUUCACAAGCGCACCAAAAUCCGGUUGGACGUGCUCCACGAGAACCAGAACCAGAACUUCACGGAGGAGAUGGAAAUGAGCCCAGAAACGAAGGUCUCCCUGAAAUGCUGUAAGUGGGAACAGACUAACCCAACGGAAACCUUGGAUGUGCCCAAAUGGGAUCUGCAAAACGAAAACGGCCAUGAGGAGGCGCAAGCGAAGCACUCCCAGACGUCCAGCACAGAGAGUUCUGGGCCUCCAGGCAACAAACUGAAACCUUUCUCCAAAAGGAGCUAUAAACAUUCUGCCUCUACCCUCUCCUUGGAGAAACGGAUGAAGGCGGUCUCCCAGAACAUGACGCAACGUGUCAGGCUGAGCCGGGACAAGAAAGUAGCCAAAUCGCUAGCUGUUAUCGUGGGCAUUUUUGGCCUCUGUUGGGCACCGUACACGCUCCUCAUGAUCAUCCGGGCGGCCUGCCACGGCCACUGCAUCCCCGAAUUCUGGUACGAGACUUCCUUCUGGCUCUUGUGGAUCAACUCCGCCAUCAACCCGGUCCUGUACCCACUGUGUCAUUACAGCUUCAGGAGGGCUUUCGUGAAACUCCUGUGCCCGAAGAAAUUAAAGAUUCAGCCCCACAGCUCUUUUCAAAAAUGCUGGAAGUGA